ACGUCCUGUCGAAGAAGACCACUAAAAAACCUCUCGCAAGCGUCUCUAAAUCCUCAGUGCUCCAUAGGCCAACGCAGGAUGUUGAAGGAACGCGAGAACGCCGAGCCCCUCGACCGCAACGUUUCGUCCCCUUGUUCCUCCUCAGGCAUGGAGGCUUCGGCGUGUGCGGGGUGCGGAGAGAGGAUCCACGACAGGUUCUACUUGUUGGCAGUUGACAGGCAAUGGCACGCAGCUUGUCUGAAGUGCUGCGAGUAAAGUUCAGGAAGGACAACCAGUAGAUGGAUGUGUAGGAUGUUUGCAGUCACGAGGUGCGGAAGAUGCCAUGCAGGAAUCUCCGCCAAUGAACUAGUGAUGAGAGCGAGAGACCUCGUCUACCACCUCCACUGUUUUUCUUGCACAUCCUGUGGUAUCCUGCUGUCUAAAGGAGAUCAUUUCGGCAUGCGAGACCGUUUGAUUUAUUGCAGGCCUCAUUACGAAGUUUUGGAUUUCUGUGACCCUGGUGAUUCGAUGGACGUGAUGUUUGGCAGUGGCGGGUCUCCGGGCUACUACCCAUCGAGUACACCCCCACAGGGAUGCAAGGGAAGGCCCCGAAAGAAGAAAAUAGUGGAUGAUGGACCACCAUGUGGAGAAAUACCUGUAUCCAUGAGGAUGGCAGCUGCUACUUUAGAAAUGCUUCAGCAAGGCGAAUUGUCAUCUUCAAUGGAGUCGUUAGGCUACGAUUCAUCAGUAACUUCACCAGCAUCCAGUAACGGUCACCAGAAUCAGCGAACGAAGAGAAUGAGGACAUCUUUCAAGCACCAUCAACUCAGAACCAUGAAGACCUACUUUGCCAUCAACCAAAACCCAGAUGCGAAAGACCUCAAGCAGCUAGCACAGAAAACUGGUUUAUCGAAAAGAGUUUUACAGGGGAGAACAGCAACUCAGAAACACACAGCAUCUCCGGAAUUCAAUGAGCGACUGAAAAUUGUAGAUUUAUUCCCACCCCUAUGUCAGAGGAUGAAAAUUGAAAUACGGUUCGGCGACACAAUGAAGAAGAAAGUUAUUUCAGUCAAAUAUAUCAAUCUCAAAUCCAUAUCCAAUGACAAAGAUGAGGGUUUUCUGCCCACAUUCGGACCAAUUUGGCUCCAUAUGUACUCCAACAAUAAACUAGAGGGUUACGUUGGCAGCAUUCUCAUGUCCAUGCAAACAGAGAUUGAAGAUUUGUUGAUUCCUGAUUCUAAAAGGACAACUCUCAUUGAGAAUAUAGUUCCACUGAAUGAAACCAAGUAUUUUCACAAUCAAGGAAUAACCAUUUUCUGUUGCAUCUUCGAUAUAACAGCAAUCAACAAGAAGUACUCUGGUAAACCUAUAUCCUUUAGGAUUACUUGUGCUGAAAUUGUUGCACAGUACAAACCAUUACCGUCUGGCGAAGAUGUCUUGAUAAAUGAAAGCCCAGCACGGAAACCCAACAAUAUCCGGAAGAACUAUUAUUGCAUACCUUUGCUGGAAGAAAAACCAUGUCUUUGGUUAACAACUGAGGUCAAUUUCAAGAAGAGCGUUUAUAAUAAUAACAUACUCUCCAGAAUGGUUAUUGGUUUGCGAACGAGACUGACUGAAGUUGAGGGACUCUUCAACAAUUUUCAUGUGAAGUUGCUUUCCAAUGAGAUUGAUAUGAAACUACAAGAUUCAAUCGAUUACGUUUUGACAACAGGAAAGAUGUAUAUCGAUAUAGUAAGCGCAUAUCGUGUAGACUAUAAUACCAACCUGGAUAUGGAAAGGAGAAGACUAUGUAUCAGAGAAAUGAUUGAUAUCAUUCGUCGCGUUGAAACUGUCUAUGAUAAAUUUUCUAAAAAGAAAACCUUCAGGAAGCUUCAGAAGUAUUGUAAUAGAAUUGAAGUUCUCAUUGAAGAUAUUCAAGAUAGUAUACCAGAUAUCUUCUUCUGGGUUGUGAGUGGAAAAAAGAAAUUGGCAUUUGAGCGUAUACCGAUCCGAGAUAUCAUCUCAUCCCAAGUUCUUGAAGAAAAUGGACAAUUCUGUGGAAGGAAGAGAACCCUCUGUUUCUAUGGUAACGUGAAAGAACAGAAGAAUCUGAUGAUGAAAGUUAACGUAUUUUUUGUGGCUUACCUCGACAGACAUGAAAAGGAUUUCCUGAAUAAAAUACCAUCAGGAUACAAAUUUCAAGAAGAUAUUGAAUAUUUUCCACCAAGUUUAGUAGCAGAUACACAAUAUGUAUUCCAACUGAGGGCUUAUAUCUUCCAAGGUAGAAUAAUUUCAGGAUUCGAUAAGUCAGGUUUGGCAGAUCCAUUAGUCAGAAUAAUUAUCAAAAACCGUGUCAAAGAUACCCAGGUUAUCUACGGCUGUCUGAACCCUAUAUGGGAUGAAACUUUGGUAUUCGAUGAUAUAGUCCUGUAUGGAUCUAAAUCUUACAUCAAAUCUAAUCCUCCAACUAUAUUAUUAGAAGUGUUUGAUCAAGAUGAGCUAUGUAAAACUGAAUUUGUUGGCAGAGCUAUUAUAGUACCAGACGUAGUUCUAGAUGGAGACGAAUAUAAUUCUCCCAAACUGAAAUGGCAUAAGAUAUUACUCAAAGAUGAUGUUCCGGCAGAAAUACUUGCUGCUUUUGAAUACAUAGAGUUGACUGAAGAAAGGCAACUAGUGGAACUUGAGCUAACUAGAAAGAAGACAAUGAGCAUUCCUAAAGGCAUCAAACCGGAACUGGUCGCUCACAAAAUGGAAGUUCUAUUUUGGGGCGUUAGGAAUUUGAGAAAAGUUAACCUGAUGUACAUCAGUCGACCCAGAAUGACAGUCUUAUGUGGGGAUCACAUCUUGAAUUCUGAUACAAUUGAAAAUGCUUCGAAGUGCUCAAACUUUUCUAACCAAUCUAAAAGUUUAUCAUUUAUUUUACCUCUUCAAGAGGAUUAUGCACCUCCUCUACGCUUCAAGAUAUUUGACAGCAGAAGAUUUGGAGUGUAUGUAUUCGCAGGAGUACAUAUCACGCCUAUAUCUCCUUUUCUAAUGUAUCCGAUAUCGAAAGAGGAAAGGAAGAGAAAAUUGGCUGGACUAGGCUACAAAUCAAAUGACAGUUUGGCAUCCAGAUCAAGCUCUGCGUUGAAGAUACAGUUGAAGGAUAUAGAUGUCAUGUCUGUCUCAGACAUACAGGAUGUUGAUAUCCCUGCCAAGAAGACCUGCUUUUUGAUGAGAAUUUUCGGGAACUGUUUCAAAUCGAAGCAUGGCAAACUUGGAAAAAGUGUAUCAUCGCUUGGAACUUAUGAGCUACUUUCACAAGAUAUUACUGAUGAUGAAGAAGACUAUGACUGGUGGACAAAGUAUUAUGCAUCAAUAGAGGUAGGGUACGAUGAGAGUAUAACUAGAAGGAUACAAAAACUCAAGGUUUAUGGAAGUGAAUUGGAAAACCAGCCAGAAUUCAAGGGCUUCUCGGACAUACUGACCUCCUUCGAUCUCUACAAGGGUAAGAAGACAGGCGACGAGACUCUGGACGAAGAAAACAUAACCGCAACGUUCAAGGGCUCGGUGAAAAUUUACCGCCUGCCAAACAACGAAUCGGAUUACGUCACCGAGAGCGGUAUACCUCUGGACCACGGAGUUUUCCACGAUUUUCCAGAAAACAGCCCAUUGAGGUGUUUUGAAAUGGAUGCCAUGUUUCCUCAAGACCAUACACUGAAGAUUGCAGUGUGGGACUACGAUUAUGCUUCAGCAGACGAUCUUAUAGGCGAAACUGAAAUAGAUUUGGAAAUACGGUACUACACAAGACAUAGAGCACAUUGUGGAAUCGCUGAAACAUACGAAACAUCGGGAUACUGUGCCUGGAGAGAUCAACACAAACCGUCCGUUCUUUUAUCAGAUCUAUGCAAAAGAUGGAAUACUGAUCCACCCGAAUAUGGAGAUAUAUCUGUGGAUGUAGGUUUCAAAAAAUUCGCACCUGUUGCAUUUACACGUAGUGGGGAUCCGAACCACGACCGAGAAGUUCUCGCACUGUCCGCACUGAGGCGCUGGAAAGAAAUGCCGGUAGUUGGUUUAGAACUAGUGCCCGAACACGUCGAGACGAGGUCCUUGUAUCACCCCUCGAAACCUGGUGUGGAACAGGGAAAACUGCAGUUAUGGAUCGAUAUAUUUCCAGUUAUCGAUUUACCUCCUCCAAAGAAAGUAGAAAUUACUCCUAGAGUGCCUGGUCGAUACGAGUUGCGGGUUAUUAUAUGGAACACUGAAGAAGUAGUGUGGUUAAUAGACAGUUCAGAAGCCCAGUACACAGAUGUUCAUUACCGUUCUCUAACUGGAGAAGGCAAUUUCAACUGGAGAUUUGUGUUCCCUUUCGAAUACUUGCCGACAGAAAAUAAGGUCAUUUUGCGGAAGAAAGAGUCUCUUUUCGCAAUGGAUGAGACAGAGUUCAAAUUGCCCUGCAAACUCACAUUGCAAGUAUGGGACAACGAUACAUUCUCGAAGGAUGAUUUUUUAGAGGCUUCCAAAGAAGCUGUUGGUUUAGGACGACACGAACCUCAAGCUCUUCCUGUUCCUAAGUAA